AGUGCUGUCGUGGCCUUCCUUCUGCACUGUUUACCGAUGUUGUCGAACGUCUCAAGUAAGCGAGCUGCCGAUUGAUCAAUCUUCCGUAAUUAGCCAAUCGAACCGCGUGUUGCAGAAAAGCACCUUCGCAUCGAAAUUGUUUACAAAUGGCUACUGGUCCACAGGGAUAUCCAAAAUGGUUAUUAAACUGCAAACAGAACAUCGGCGAUUCGAAGGAUUGGAAUGUUUUUCUGAGGGAGUUACAUGAUGCGAUUCAGCAGCAGCUCACAGAAAGCCAUGUCCAGUAUUUCAGUGACUUGUCAGAACCCGAGAAAGAACUUUUUAUGGAAAGAGCAACAAAAGCUUUGGAAGGAGGGACCUCGUACAACAAUUUAAUGAAGAAGGUGUCCCUGCUGAUGGACCAAAGUCUUAAUGAAGAGGUUUCCAGACAGCUACUAGAAGACUCACCCAUUGACACAAAAUCUGAUCUAAUUAUUGAAAAUGCUGAAGAAGGAGCACUAAGCCUUCUGAAGAAGUGGCCGGAGAUGAAGGAGAAGCUUCAUGUCUGUUUAAAUCAGCCUCUCCCUCCUCCACUUCGUCAGCUGGCCUGGCGACUUUAUCUCAGCAACACCAAAGUGAGAAAACAGUAUGUUGACUUGUUGAACACAAAUCCAAGAGCAGCAAUAUCUCAGUAUGAUUAUGAGAUAUCUCAAAAAUGUGAACAACUCAUCAAUUCUGAGCCAACCUUCAGUGAUCUCAGGGGAUCUGUGGGUAAUUUCUAUGGAAUGAAGGCUGUUUUGUCAUAUCAUCAUUCUGCUCAAAAAACAAAGAACAGGUUGAGAGAUGUUGACCACCUGCUGGUUGUCCCAUUCCUAGAGGUGGCAAGCUCGAGUAUACCUAGAAAAGAACCGCCAGCAGGUAGGGUUGUGGCCCUUUUGGUCGAGGAGUUUGAGACGUUAAUGGGUGGACGUCCAGGUUUUGUGGAAGACUCGGGAUCUGAUUUGCACAAUGAAGAAGUAAGAGCAUUCAUUGACAAGGUGGCUACAAUGCUCUCAGCUAAAUACCCAGAAUCUGUCAAAAACAUUGUGGACAAGUUCAGCCCAUCAAAAGAGAAGAUUGUUGCCACAGAGACGGGUAAUCAAGCCUUAUUGAGGGAGGGACUGAUUGAGAUAUGUCGCCCUAUGUUAAGAAGUCUUUUUGUCACAUACUUGAACCAAGAUACACUGCUGUAUGUGUGGGAUAACUAUAUUAUUGGACUGGACACCCCAGGUUUCUCUACAGAGUGGCUGGCGAUAGUACUAGUUACUAUACUGGGACUCACUAAAGAUAAAAUCAAAGAGGCAACUUCUCCUGCUACAUUAGAAAAAAUUCUAAAAGCAGAGAGUUGUAAAUUAACAGUGCCACAGAUACAGUAUGAGGUUAAGCAGUACUACUAUAAGGACCUGUUUUCCAUGCUUACCAGAGAUUCUAAGGCUGCCAUUCCAGUCCUAGAUCCAACACAAGCUCUACACCCCCCAUGGAGGCACUGGUACAAUGAUGUUAUCCCUCCCUUUACAAAACCUCAGGACCGUCGAAAGGCUCGGGAAGAAAGGGAAGCUGAGAGAGAGAGGUUGGCACAGCAACAGAAGGAUGCAGAAACAGCAAGAAGGGAACAGGAAGCCAGAGAUAGAAGGGAGGAAGAGGAGGAAUACUUGAAGUUGUCUGCCCUUGACAGACAGAGAGUAGAGCAGGAGCGGAUAAAACUAGAGGAACAGAUACAGGAGGAGAGAAGACGGAGAGUGGAGGCUGAGAGACGAGCAGCACAGGAAAUAGAAAAUUUACGACUUGAGAUUGCUGCUUUAAAGAACCAGAAACCUCCAACACCUGCAUACAGUCCUACCCCAAGUGUGUCUUCAUAUGUUAGCCGUCAACUUCUUGCUCCUCCACCUUCUCGAGUCUCCACUCAAGCUCCGCCCCCGGUUAUGGUGGUAAAGGAGGUUCGGACCCCGACCCCUGUACAGACUCCAGUCGAACAGAAAAACAAAAUUGUGGCAGACUUUCUUACUCGGGUCCUAUUAGGCUUGAAUAAAGUUGCCCAUGCAGAAGAUCAGUAUGUAGAGAAAGAGGAACUAGACAGGGCCACACAGGGCUACCUCAUACAAAAUGUCAAGGACAUCAAACGAGCUCAGAAACAAUUGUUUGGUCAACACCUUAAGCCAGGAGAGUUUGAGAAGCUAUCUCCCAAAGAACAACAGGAGAAGAGUGAAGCCAUGAUUAAACUGAUGCAAACCUGGCGAGAGGAAAGGCGGGAGAGGGAACUAGCCCAGGAUAAAGAUGCAUUCUAAAUCAUGUCCAGAGUCAGGGGACUUUGUAAACACAUGCUAAGGACAGAAACAUUUUUAAGAAUUUAGCCCACUUACAAUUAACUUACAUGCGAAUAAUUUAUUUUACAUAAGGUAAUCAUUUUUUAAGUGUUCACUCUUUCUCUGCUGGUCAGAGAUUUUGUAGUCACUUGGUUCUAAAAAGUAAAAUAGGUCUUCAAGGCUUAUUUCAAAUUUUGAAUUUAAUAUAGCUCAAGGUUUACAAUAAAAAAAAAAUCUCUCAAGAAAACAUCCUUCAUAUUUGUCUUAUUGUUUAUAAGAAUUUAAGAUAGUCUAAAAAAAUUAUGUACACAGUAUU